GAACCCUCCUAGGUGCUGAGUUCCUGCAGCUGCUGAAACCAGUCUCUGAGCCAUCUCCUGCAGACCAGGAUGUCGGAAAAACCAAAGGUGUAUCAAGGUGUCCGGGUGAAGAUCACUGUGAAGGAGCUGUUGCAGCAAAGAAGGGCACACCAGGCAGCCUCGGGGGGAACCCUGCCCGGACCCAGCAAUGUGCACAUUUCAGACCCAGAUGUGCCAACCUCAGGAUUGUAUUUUGAGCCUGAGCCAAUGUCUUCCACAAACAAUUAUUUUCAACCCCGUGAAUUUUCCACUUGUGUUUCUUGUGAAGAAAAUCCAAGCUGCUUGGACCAGAUCUUUGAUUCCUAUCUGCAGACGGAAACAUCCCCAGAUCCUUUGUUCAACUCCACACCAAGCACUCCCUACUAUUUUCCAGAGGGCUUCCAAGCGACCCCUUUCUGUUUUAAUCAGAGCCUGACCCCAGGAUCACCUUCAGAUUCCUCCAGUCUCUCUGGCUCCUUUGACUACAGUUACUCACCAGCCCAGCUGCCUUCAUAUGCUCCUGAGAGUUACAACUCUCCCCCAUCUCUGGACACCCUAAACCCUGGCUUCCCUCCAGACAACUGCUCCUACCACCAUUUGUCCUCACACACCCAGUACAACUGCUUCCCUGCAGCUACCACCUCGGUCUGCUACUGCGCCUCCUGUGAGACAGAGCACAUGGACAUCCUCAGAACAUCUGAGUACUUCUACCCAAGCCCAGACUGUGCGGACUUUGCCCCCUCCGUGGCCACCACCAGCGAUUUCUAUAGGAGGGAAGCAAACUGUGACAUCUGCUAUAGUUAAUACAAGCUACAUGUAUGAAUUAGGAGCGUGGUAUGGGCAUAUCUAUUUUUCUACCACAUGUCACUCUUCUUCAAUUUCCUGACACUAACAUAGGCGUUCACGUGAAGUCUUCAAACCUGGUCAUAGUGCCACUCUUCUCUUAUACAUGCACAGUUAAAAUUUUUGUAGAGCACUUCUAAUUUUUUUACU